GGCGGCGCGAGCGCGGGGCCGGGCGCGCACGAGGAAAAGGAGGCGGCGGCCGCGGCUGCGAGCAACAGAUCCCGGCGCCUGCGAGCUGACACUCGUCUGCUGCUGGGCCAUUUCUUUCCUUUUCAACGAAAUUUCAGAAAAAGAAAUUUACACUUGGAAAAAAAGACAAACUUUCAUUUUUUUUUUUUUUUUUUUUAAAAUGGUGCUGGCCCCGGGUCCGCGGGCGGGUUUCUCUGCAUCAAGAUGGGCUUCGGCGUUUCAGUCCUGGGCACCGGUGGUGGCUUGAUUGUCAGUCUUCUCCCGGCGUGUUGCAUGUAGGAGAAUCCCCUCCCGAGCGCCUGGGCGUUUCGAAUUGCUGCAAGGGGCCAAGCGCAGGAGAUCUCGUGCACCCGAGCUCUCCGCAGAGCAGCCUGAGAAUCGGAGGCGGGUCGCUCCAGGGUGAAAUCCGCUCCCGGGCAGAGCGAGCCCCAGCCCAGCGCGUAGUGCCGCGGCCCCGAGAGCCUGUCCUGUCCCCGCCGGCGCCGGGAAAAUGGAGGCUGUGAUCGAGAAGGAAUGCAGCGCGCUCGGUGGCCUCUUCCAGACCAUCAUCAGCGACAUGAAGGGGAGCUAUCCAGUGUGGGAAGAUUUUAUAAAUAAAGCCGGAAAGCUGCAGUCCCAGCUGCGGACAACAGUAGUAGCAGCAGCUGCCUUUUUGGACGCCUUUCAGAAAGUGGCUGACAUGGCUACCAACACACGUGGAGGUACCCGGGAGAUCGGCUCUGCACUCACCAGGAUGUGCAUGCGGCACAGAAGCAUCGAAGCCAAGCUGAGGCAGUUUUCCAGUGCUCUAAUUGAUUGCCUGAUAAACCCACUUCAAGAACAGAUGGAAGAAUGGAAGAAAGUGGCCAACCAGCUGGACAAGGACCAUGCAAAAGAAUAUAAGAAAGCUCGCCAAGAGAUAAAAAAGAAGUCCUCCGAUACACUGAAGCUGCAGAAGAAAGCAAAAAAAGUGGAUGCUCUGGGGAGAGGUGACAUCCAGCCUCAGUUGGACAGCGCUCUCCAGGAUGUCAAUGAUAAAUACCUCUUGUUGGAAGAAACAGAAAAGCAGGCUGUCCGCAAAGCUUUGAUUGAAGAGCGCGGCCGAUUCUGCACCUUCAUUUCUAUGCUGAGGCCAGUGAUUGAGGAAGAGAUCUCAAUGUUAGGGGAAAUUACCCACCUUCAGACCAUAUCAGAAGAUCUAAAGAGCCUGACUAUGGACCCCCACAAACUGCCCUCUUCAAGCGAACAGGUGAUUUUGGACUUGAAAGGUUCUGAUUAUAGUUGGUCAUAUCAGACUCCACCAUCUUCCCCCAGCACCACCAUGUCCAGAAAGUCAAGUGUCUGCAGGUGUGCUGAGGUGUACUGUUACACCAGGCCCACAGAUGGUUUAUCAGAGGAGUACCUAGGAUGGGGUAAAGCCAGGAAUCCAUCAGCUGUUAACAAAAGGCAGAGCACCUACAGCAGCCUGAACAGUGUCAACAGCAGUGACUCCCGGUCCAGCGGUUCCCACUCCCAUUCGCCCAGCUCGCAUUAUCGGUACCGCAGCUCCAACCUGGCCCAGCAGGCGCCUGUGAGGCUGUCCAGUGUGUCCUCCCAUGACUCAGGAUUCAUAUCCCAGGACGCCUUCCAGUCCAAGUCGCCUUCCCCCAUGCCACCUGAGGCUGCCAACCAGUUGUCUAAUGGGUUUUCUCACUAUAGUUUAUCAAGUGAGUCCCAUGCAGGGCCGGUGGGUGCAGGCCCUUUCCCUCAUUGCCUGCCUGCCUCCCGCCUGCUCCCUCGAGUCACCUCUGUCCACCUUCCUGACUACGCUCAUUAUUACACCAUUGGGCCCGGCAUGUUCCCGUCAUCUCAGAUCCCUAGCUGGAAGGACUGGGCAAAGCCAGGCCCCUACGACCAGCCACUGGUGAACACACUCCAGCGUCGCAAAGAGAAGCGUGAGCCAGACCCCAACGGGGGAGGACCCACUGCUACAGGAGGCCCAUCUGUAGCUGCCGAUGAGGCACAGAGACCACGGAGCAUGACGGUGUCAGCUGCCACCAGGCCUGGUGAAGAGAUGGAGGCCUGUGAGGAGCUGGCACUUGCCCUGUCACGGGGCCUCCAGCUGGACACGCAGAGGAGUAGCCGAGACUCGCUGCAGUGCUCUAGUGGCUACAGCACCCAGACCACCACCCCAUGCUGCUCCGAGGACACCAUCCCCUCCCAAGGUACGAGGCGCCCAGCUUGCCGGGCGGCUCCAGUUUCAGAUUAUGAUUAUUUCUCUGUAAGCGGUGACCAGGAGGCAGAUCAGCAGGAAUUUGACAAGUCCUCCACCAUUCCAAGAAACAGUGACAUCAGCCAAUCCUACAGGCGGAUGUUCCAAGCCAAGCGCCCAGCCUCAACUGCUGGCCUUCCCAGCACCCUCGGACCAGCUAUGGUCACCCCAGGGGUUGCAACCAUCCGACGGACCCCUUCCACUAAGCCUUCUGUCCGCCGGGGGACCAUUGGAGCUGGUCCUAUCCCUAUCAAGACACCAGUGAUUCCAGUCAAGACCCCAACUGUCCCAGAUCUCCCUGGGGUUUUGCCAUCCCCUCCAGAUGGGCCAGAGGAGCGGGGUGAGCACAGCCCUGAGUCUCCAUCUGUGGGUGAGGGGCCCCAGGGUGUCACCAAUAUGCCCUCUUCCUUGUGGAGUGGCCAAGCUUCUGUCAACCCUCCACUUCCAGGCCCAAAGCCUAGUAUCCCUGAAGAGCACAGACAGGCGAUUCCAGAGAGCGAGGCUGAAGACCAGGAAAGGGAUCCCCCAAGUGCCACUGUCUCCCCAGGCCAGAUUCCAGAGAGUGAACCUGCUGACCUGAGCCCAAGAGAAAACCCUCAGGGAGAUGACAUGCUGAAUGCCAUCCGGAGGGGCGUGAAACUGAAGAAGACCACAACAAAUGACCGCUCGGCCCCGCGCUUCUCUUAGGCUCUUGUAGUUCCCAGGAAAUGCUGCCAGUUGGGGGAUGAACUCUUUAAUUAAUGAAACCUAAUUUGUCUUGAUCCAUUCCAAUCUAUAAGCAAACAAAAGAUUUUGUAGGCAAUUCGGAAUUCCGCUCUUUUGAAAGCACUUGACAUCUUUAGAUAAGAAUUAAAAGCAACACAUGCAACUGACAUAAUCUUGAUCUUUUCAGUUGUAAAUAUCCAUAGUUUUCUUUCUGCACAUUUUAAUCUUAGUUUCCCUUUUGAUUUUUCUGAAGGUGCCAAAUUCCAUUUAACUUUUUUACAAGUCUUUGUAAAAUUUUAAAUGCAUAAAGGGAGGGGGUGGGUGGGACAGGGGAACCAGGAAGUGAUUUCACACAAGGGGUACUACAUUCUUUUUCUUUUUCUUCCUGCAAGCUUUUGUAGAUGCACUGUAGUAGUAUAGUUUAGAAGCAAACUCAAGUUAUUUUAAUGGACAAACAAAAUGGAUAAGGAGUAAAGACCUCAUUCACAUAUACUGUGUUCUGGAUGAGACACGCAGGAGAAAUAAUUGAGCAAUAUUCAGAGAAGUAAACCUGGAAAUGGUGGACUGUGUUGGGAUUGGGGGGAGGGCUGUGGGAGGGGCACACUGUCAACGUAGCCGAUCUUUUACAUUUAAGAGUAGCCUUGUAGGUUGAAUUUCUAGUUGCUUCAUGGUAAAUGCAUCUGAAUAAGCCAUACUAGAUUGCAGUGUUUGUUUCUGUAGGGUGUUUAAGGACUUCUUUCUCCCACCAUUCCUCGACUGCACACAGCACCCACCUCCAAUCCCGCGCAUGCUGCUGCCACUGGGUAGACAUAGCCCCCCGCCCCCCCUUUACUUUCUUGUCUAUUUUUUUCACUUCCAUUGAAUCCAAAUACAUCCAAAAGGGUAAGGCAAUUUAGAAAAUGUGAAAACAUUUAAAAACGAUAGCAGGGAAUUCAUAGUUAUAGAAAAUGCCUUUUACUUAACUGUGCCCAGCAGGCUGGGUGCAUUGAAAAGCCCAGAUAUUUUGAAAAACCUCAAGCAGAUUUAACAAGGGUAACCAGCUUGAAGUCUAGCAGUUUGCCAGUGUGCUUACCAAUCUGGGGGCUUGUUUUUCUUCCCUUCCUUAAAUAAAGGGCAGUUAAUUGGCUUUGUAUUGAACACUGAAGAGUGGAGGAUUUAUUUAUCGCCACUGGGGAGUCUGACCACUACAUUCUUUUUUUUUUUUUUUUUUUUCUUUCUAGGCAAUGUUUUUCUUUUUGGAAUGGAUUUAUGUCUUUUUUUUUUUUUAAGUGGAAAUUAAAUUUGUUAUAAUGCCCAUCCCCUAAGUCAACAGAGAUUUGUAGAUUUAAAGGGAUCACAUCUGAAGACAGCUUUUUUUAAAAAAAAAAAAAAAACAAAAACAAAAAGUCUCUUAGUGCAGUAGCUGACAGCACACAUUUGUGACACUGUCCCUAGGAAGAGCUCGGUAUGUACCACGUGCCCUGCAAAUCUCUGUUGGCUCUAACCUCCAAUGAUAUAAUCUUAUGCUUUAAUAUAUAACCAUGCUGGAUGUGAGGGAAAUGUUCCUGUACAGUCACUGUUCUAUAUCUUCAUUUAACACUGCUGUGAUUACUCAACGGCAUUUUAUGUUGCAGCUUUAAAGCAAAGGCAUGAUAAUUAGAAACAACUUAAGCUUUUCUUUGAAAAACAAGCUCCUUUUACAGACUAUAAGCAAACAGUAGUGCCUGUGGCUUAGCCCACCAAUCUUGAUGACUAAAAGUAGCUGACGCGUUGUGCAUAUGAUGCUUGAGAUGGUUUUUGCAAAAUGCAGAAAUCUCUGCAAGGUCAUUAUAAUAGAUAAAAGUGGUAUUUUAAACCUUCAAAAUAAAUGGAUGUAACUGUACCUUGGUACAGCUUUUCACUUGUUUAGUUUUUAAACGUUAGUAUAAUCUGAAUAAAUUUAAUAUAAAAUGUUGCCAAAUUCAAUGUAGAAAGAAUGUGACAAACAUGUUGGGUAGCUCUGUUUGUGUUUUUGCAUAUUGUAAAAGCAGUGUCACAGCUGAAAAUAAACCCUUUCUAAAGGUAAAUUAUUGUGGUUUAGUUGCUAGUUUGUACUGAGAGUUGACCUCUCUCCCUGUGCAGUUUUGUUCUAAACUUGUAUAAAUAACAGUUGUGUAAUGUGUCUCCCUUCUACAUUGUAACAAUUGCUUCAGCCUACAUAUAAAUAAAGAACCACUAGAAAGAAAAAAAA